CCCGGUCUGUGAUUGGCUCAGCGGCUGCAGGAAUCCCGGUCUGUGAUUGGCUGAGAGGCUGCAGCUUUUCCUGUUUUCUCAGACCAUCACUCGUCUGUGACAUUUGCAGCCGCCCACCCAAGCUCAUCGCUAAUAUAUGAUAAACUUCCACUGUGGACAUUUGAAGAAGAAAAAGCAGCAUCGCCACGUUUUUUUACGGCAGAACCAACCUGCUGACCUUCCAGACCUGUGGUACUUCGCCAUGCUGUCCAAGUUAAGGACAACUUGGUGUCUGAUGCCUCACGUCUCUGUUUGCAGAUGGACACACACCAAAGAAAAAGGGAAGCCUCUCAUGCUUAACCCUCACACCAACAAGGGCAUGGCCUUCACACUACAGGAGCGACAGAUUUUAGGGAUACAUGGUCUGUUGCCUCCUAAAGUGGAAACUCAAGACAUUCAGGCCAUGCGCUUUCAAAAUAAUCUCAAGAAAAUGUCAGAUCCCUUGCAGAAGUACAUCUACCUGAUGGGCAUUCAGGAAAGGAAUGAGAGGCUUUUCUAUCGGGUGUUGAUGGAAGACAUAGAAGAACUGAUGCCAAUUGUCUACACUCCCACUGUAGGCCUGGCCUGCACACACUAUGGACACAUAUUUAGGAGACCCAAAGGCUUGUUCAUUUCCAUUCUGGACCGAGGACAUAUUCGCUCCAUUCUGGACAACUGGCCAGAGACUAAUGUAGCAGCGGUGGUAGUAACUGAUGGAGAACGUAUUUUAGGUUUAGGGGACCUAGGCUGUUAUGGAAUGGGCAUACCUGUUGGAAAACUGUGCCUGUACACUGCCUGUGCAGGUAUCAGACCUGAGAAAUGUCUGCCUGUGGUGAUAGACGUUGGCACAGACAACGAGACUCUCCUUAAGGAUCCAUUUUACAUGGGCCUGUAUCAGAAGCGAGACCGCACUCAAGCGUACGAUGAUCUGAUUGACGAGUUUAUGGAAGCUGUGGUGGAAAAAUAUGGGCAGGACACACUGAUCCAGUUUGAGGACUUUGGGAAUCACAAUGCGUUCCGCUUCCUUCGGAAGUACAGGGAGAAAUACUGCACCUUCAACGAUGAUAUUCAAGGCACUGCAUCUGUAGCUCUUGCUGGUCUGUUGGCAGCUCAGAGAGCCACUGGUAAACCCAUCACUGAACAUCGUGUGCUUUUCCUGGGAGCAGGAGAGGCUGCUCUUGGAAUUGCCAACCUGAUUGUGAUGGCCAUGAUGGAGUCAGGGAUAAGCCAAGCAGCAGCCAGAGACAAGAUCUGGAUGUAUGAUGCGCACGGUUUGCUUGUGAAGGGCCGAGCACAACAAACCGACACAAACCAGGAGGCAUUUGUCCACGACAGUUCUGGAAAGGUACAGAGCUUCUUGGAUGCCGUCAACACCAUCAAACCCACAGCGAUCAUUGGUGUGGCGGGAGCUGGACCUCUCUUUACCCAUGAUGUCAUCAAGGCCAUGGGAGCGCACAAUGACCGACCCAUUAUCUUUGCCCUGAGCAACCCAACAAACAAAGCAGAGUGCACAGCAGAGGACGCUUACACACUAACUGAUGGUCGAUGUCUUUUUGCCAGUGGCAGCCCAUUUGGUCGUGUUACUCUGAGUGACGGUCAGGUUUUUACACCUGGACAAGGGAACAACGCUUACAUCUUUCCAGGUGUGGCCCUGGCUGUCAUUCUGAGUGGAGUGAGGCACAUCAGUGAUACAGUAUUCUUAGAGGCUGCCAAAUCACUUGCUGAACAGGUGAUGGAUGAAGAACUGAAGGAGGGCAGACUCUAUCCUCCUCUCUCCAACAUCAGAGAGGUCUCCAUUCAGAUCAGCAUCAAGGUGAUGGAGUACGUCUAUGCUAAAGGAAUGGCGUUCCGUUACCCCGAGCCCCAGGACAAGAAUCGUUUUGUACGUAGUACUGUGUGGAACACGAACUACGAGUCCUUCCUGCCUGAUACCUACGACUGGCCGAAUGUCAGCUUUAGUCCUAAAACAAGCUAAAAGAUCAGAUCUCUACGGUAGCCAGGUGUCAAAGUGGGUCUCCUGUUUCUUUAGUUUGUUUUCCACUCGAAUUGAAAUUUCUUUAAAAGGUAUGACUUUGGUCUAAUCAUGCAUUUGAAUCAAAUCACUCUUAUAAGAUCUUUAAAAUUAGGGUGGAAAGUGACACUUGAAAAGAAGACCACUGUUGUGGUAUCUAACAAUGUUAGACUUACCCUUGUUAGAUUUAUCCACCUGGAUUAUUGCGCAUGCAUCAGGAUACUUUGGUGGUAGUAAUUUUUUUUUUCCCUAAAGUUAUUUUUCUACUUUGAGAAUGUAAACCUUCAGAAAUGUCUAGUGCCACCUGGUAGUGAAAACAGGCAGUGUGGAAAUUGGUUUUAGUGUUAAAUUUGUUAAAAUGCGAUUUGCAAAGUCGUAAGCCAAAAGCUGCAAGAUUUUAUUUCAAGCAAAAACUUUUAGAAUAAAUUAUAAAAUGAUAUACAUAUAAAUAAAAUGCUCAUCAACACAAGUUCUGCAAGGAGAACUGGUUUGCUGUUUGUGAUUAAAAUACAUUUAUUUAACAUGGCUGUUGUGUCAAAGACCUUGUAGGGCCUAUAUGUUUUGUUAUGUUUAACCUAUUUAUAGGUUGGCCUUGUUAGUAUGUGCUGUAACGUGAACUUUGCUAGAUCUUGGUAACACAAUAAUUGGAAAUUGAUGUAACAUUUUUACACUCCUGAUGCAGAUAUCUGUAUUUACUUUAUCUUUACUCCUUUAACAUGUACUUGUAGCUGCUUAUAACCCACCACAUGACUUACCUGGUACAUGUUAUUCAGAUGGUGUCUAAAUUUCCACAUUGCCUUUUUCACAUCUUGGUCAACUUUUGGUGUUUUCAUUGAUUCAGGUGGUAUAAGGAAUACUGCAGAGAAAAAAAAUACUUCUUGACUAAACAAGAUAAUAUUUGAUAAAGGGAAAAAUAAAGAUUUAAACCAAGGGAAAUUAAUAUCGUAAAACAUUUCAAAUAACCUGCAGCUAGAAAACUUGAAUGUACACUCCAUCAAACUGUUUAUCAAGUGCUUUUGUCACCUUACAUUUAUAUCUAGUGAAUUAAUACAUACUAAUACUCCUUUAAGUAUUACUAAAAUAGUUGAUUUUAGAGGAGGUAUUAUUUAUUAUAU